AUUUCGUUCCUUCUUUCGCUUCCGCGUAUAGAGAAACCCUAACCGAUUCUUUUCAUCGUCGAUGGCGCGUACGAAGCAGACUGCCCGGAAAUCAACAGGAGGAAAGGCUCCUCGGAAGCAGCUUGCGACCAAGGCUGCGAGGAAAUCGGCGCCGACUACUGGAGGAGUUAAGAAGCCUCAUCGUUACCGUCCUGGAACCGUCGCUCUCCGUGAGAUUCGCAAAUACCAGAAGACCACGGAACUGUUGAUCCGCAAGCUGCCGUUUCAGAGGCUGGUGCGUGAGCUUGCACAGGAUUACAAGACGGAUCUGCGAUUUCAGAGCCAUGCCGUGCUCGCUCUUCAGGAAGCCGCGGAGGCGUAUCUCGUCGGCCUUUUUGAGGAUACGAAUCUCUGCGCCAUCCACGCGAGGCGCGUCACCAUCAUGCCCAAGGACAUUCAGCUUGCUCGUCGUAUCAGAGGCGAGCGUGCGUAGGCAUUAUUGCUAUAUCUGCUAAUUUUUCUCUUUUCCAGGUUGCUAGAUUUCUCUUUUCCAUUUUUUAUUCUUCAUUGUCGUGAAUUCAUGCAAUGAUCCGUCAAUACUUUUGGUGUUAGUUGGAAUGCUUAACUAUGUCCCUCGUUUCACGUAAAAAACUAUGUUCCUUCGUCGUAUUGGCUGGCGUACUUUUUAAGUAACGAUGAUGAUGCAGUCAUUCCGGUAUAUUGUCGUCCUUGCUUGU